AUGGGAAUCAUUCAGGCGCGUAAAUGGUGGGUCCAGUCUGUUGAAAUGUCAAACGUAUCGCGCUCAUCUUUGCUCAGGGAAAUUGGAACGCUCAAUGACUUCCGCGAUUUCUUCGGUAUGAGUCGUCACGAAACGUUCGAAAAUAUCUCGAAAAAUGUCGAGAUCCAGGACGCACUACGCGAUCUGUAUGAGCAUCCUGACAAAGUUGAGCUCUAUCCUGGCGUUUUCUGCGAGAGUAGCGUGGAGGAAGAUCUGGAUCCAGGCCCAAGUGAUGUAGACUCUGCCCUUUGGGUCGCCAUCUUUUCUGACGCCAUCACCCUCGUGCGAUCAGACCGCUUUUACACUGUCGACUGGAAUACUAAUUCGCUUACUUCUUGGGGCAUGAAAGAGGUUUCCCCUGAUAACGACACAUUGAAGAGCUCCGUAUUCCACCGAUUGAUGCAACGCGCAUUUCCCGAAUGGUUUCCAUAUGACUCGAUCCGCUUCUUCCACCCUUUCUACACCGCUAAGAAAAAUGCAGAAUACGCCCAGCAGCAAGGUUACGCUCCUGAAUUCAAGAUGGAGGCCAAUGUCAUUCAGCGAGAUUCUUUCAGCCGUCCUACGAAAUUUGAAUAUAUCACUGCCGCCUCGGAACCUAGAAAGCCACUCAAGCCGCUGUAUCUGGAUGACUAUGAGAAGAUUGACGCGCUGUUGUCCGAUCAGUCAGAUAAGAUCGUCCAUCCUGCACGUCUGGAACUAUCGUCUCUGCCAACAGAAGUAGCCGCAGUCUUAAAACCAGAGCAAAAGAAAGCCGGACCAGGUGCUGUAAAGGAUAUUAAAGUAAACUCAAGUAAAAUAAUGGCCUACUUCGAAAGCAUCAUGAUCGACAUGAUCAAACGCGAAUUCAUUACUGUGAACAAGGCGAAGCCCACAUAUCAGCUCGAUGUCACAAGAGACUUCGCAAUCCCCGUGACAACUAGAUAUGUAGCCGAAUUCCUAGGCUUCAGCCAUCUGAUCAGGAGCGAAUCUAACCUCAAGGCCCCUUACUCCGAGAACGAGAUCUAUCGUCACAUUACCAAUUGCCAAAUCUUCCUAUCCUAUAAUGCUGACGAGACAAAGUUGUUGAAGAGGCGUAAGGCCUUCAAGACCUCUAUCAAAUUUCUGUACGAGCUAAGCAAAGGCGGGACGAUUCACGAGGCACGUAGGUGGAGCUAUACGCGUGGCACAUUACAUGCGAUCAGACGAUUCUUCGGAUAUGGUAAGGCUGAUACGAUGGAAAGUCUUGGUCUCCAGGUGGCAAUACAAAUUCUGGGGCAGGAAAAAGAUUUUGGCAAAGCUGCUGCUAUCCUGCUGUUGACAGCGCUUGAUGGUGCCUACAAUUCUGUGCUUGCUUUUACAUCUGUACUCGAUCUGUUUCUUGGAGAGCUGUAUAAGGUCGAAGGCACCACAAACAAAUGCAGAUGGCAGAAAAUCCAAAAGCUCGCGUUCCAGGAUGACGAAAAAAGCCAAGAAAUCACUGAAUACGUGCUCGAGGCUCAGAAGGAGAGCGUCAAACUCCCCAUCAUCCGAAAAGCGGUCGAAGAUUGCAAGAUCAAGAAGGGCACAACAACGCUGAUCAGCGUAAAGAAAGGGCAAACAAUCAUCUGCAACAUCCACAAAGCAAUGGCGCCCCACAACCCCUCAACGGCAAGCCAAACCCUCAACUACUCCGCCUCCAACUUCGGCGCCAACCUCCCAAGCGGGUACAACCCCAAAGACAUCGCCGUCCUUUCUCUCACAGCAAUGAUCAAGACGCUCGCGCAACUCAAGGAUCUCCGCCGUGGCCACGACGCUCAGGGCCAGCUCAAGAAAAUUACCAUCGAUGGCUCGAACGAGGGCUACGCGAAUUUCAUGGCGCCCGGGCGGCUGCAGCAGAUCAGACAUGAUGCUAAGGAGAAGCAAGAUAGUAGAGUAUUUAAUGAGGGCGUUCUGAAACCGAGUACGGAAAGUUACUUGAGCCCGGAGUGGGAUGAGAUGGUGCCUUUCCCAACAACCUGGAAAGUCCGCUUCUCCGGCUUCGGCCCCUCCGACUACGGCGGGCCCAAAUUGCCGUUGCUGAAAAAGGCACCCCUUCCGGAUGAUUACCCGCCUUUCUAUCAGCCGCAAGGUGCCAGUCAUACUGGUGGCUCGUUUGCGGAUACGGUUUGUGUUUGUAAUGUGCCGGGACGGAUGUGUGGGUGUAAGGAUGGAGAGGGGAAUGGGGAGGUGGUGAAGACUGAGGCGGAUAAGCUGGGGAAGGGAGCGAGUGGGUGUGGUGCUCUGGGAUAG